GUAAACCGUGGCUAGGAAGUCAACCGGACCGGACCGAACUGAAUCGAACCGCUCACGGGCCGAUUGACUGCACUUCUCGUCCAUUGAUGUUCUGCAGGUCGAUCGGAGGAGCAGAACAGAGCAGAGUAGAUCCUGCAGAUGGCCGGCUUACUAGCUUGGGCGGCGGACGUCGUUGGCGGAGGCGGAGGAGCGACUGACGAUCUAGACGAGGACAGCUCAAUUCCGCUCGUGUUCACUCCGGAUCAGCAGAAGUACGUGCAGGAGCUCGACCAGAAGGCCGCCUCCCUCAGCCGCUCGAUCCAGGAUCUGCGGCUGAGGAUCCCUCCCCCGGACAUCUCCCAGCGCCUCCCUCACCUCCACGCCCACUCCCUCGCCUCCAACGCAGCCCUCGCUCUCCAGCUCAACUCUCACUCCGCCACUCGCGAACAGGCUCAACUGAGGGAGGUUACCCUGCAAGAAGAAAAUGCUGCAUAUGAAAAGGCCAACUCAGACUGCGAGAACAAAAUCCAGGAGAAAAUACAGGAGGCUGAAGCACUUCGAAAGAAGUUGCAGGACAUAGACGAGGAUGAGAAAAAUUUGAUGGAUGAGCUGGAAAGUGCGCACAAAGCUCUGGAUACAAAUCAGUCUGGAAGUUCUGAUGGACCUAAAGUUGAAUCUCUUACGGAAUCUGAAGGGGGACUGGAUGCAGAUUCUAAGAAGGCUGUGAUUCUGGAAAAUAUAGAGAAUAAGAAGAAAGAAUUGAGCUUGAUGGAGGAGAAAGUUCAAGAAUUGGAAAAAAGGUGGAUGAUAGUUCAGGAUCAUGCACUGAAGCAGCCAUCUCCAGCCCAGAGAGAGAAGAUAUUGGAUAAACAGCUCCACAGUUUAAUUGAGCAAUUAGCAACAAAGCAGGCUGAAGCCCUAGUCAAUGACAUCCAUCUGAAUGAGAAGGAACUAGAAAGAUUAAAUGGGCUGUCGAAGAGGCUUGGCACAAGCAACAUGGAGGCCACUAUGGCCAGGAACCGGUUUGGAAGAAGCAACUCUGGGCUUGGAUCUGCUUCUCUAGAUUACACAGGCAAUUCUCAUGGCCGGCCUCUCUACGGUGUUGGGCGAAAUGAGAGCCUACAGAGGCCUGCUCUACUUAGGUCGGCUUUCGUGCUUUACUUACUAACAUUGCACGUGUUGGUGUUCAUCAAGAUUUCAUUCUGAAGAGCAUCUUCGGCCCUUUUGUCACCACUCUACCAGUAGAAAUUCUUCUUAAUUCAUAAGCAAAGUUACCCCCCUGCUGUUUAUAUGUUGAGCCGCCUAUUUGUUCCUUUUUUGAGUUGAUGUUACAAAAGAAAGGAAUGGUAAUUCCUGUCCAAUUCCAAUUAAGAGACUUGGGUGUAUGUAUUCUACUUGUAUGGAGCAUGAAUAUUCUCAUGUAUAUGAUUAAACACAUCGAGAGAAAUAGUGGCUUAAACC